AUGGCAGAAUCGGAUCAAAUAUCUUUAAUUAACAAAUACGAGGAUCAACAACAACCCGAACGUUUUGACCAAUUUCAAAUUGAAAAGCAAAGAUUUAAUACGGGUCCAUGUGCUAGCAAGACACUACCUUCGCAAUUUCAUAUGGUUACUAGCAGCAAUUCUCAUCAACUAGAAAGAAAUACAGCAACAACAACAACACGUUCAAGUACACAUUCCUCACCUGAAGACUUACAACCACAAAUUGUCGUUAAUAAUGCAAUGAAUGGUCCAAGUAAUGAAUCUUCAAAUUUAAGUGUAAAUUCUGAUAAGGAGGUUGAUAUUUUAUUUUUGAAUACUUCAACAAAAGAAAAAAUCGUUGGGGGAACUUCUAUAGUUGAAAAGGGAAGAAAACGGAAAAGGUUGGAAUUUAAAAAUGAUGUUGGAACUAAAAUUGUGGACAAUCAAAAACAUGAAAGGAAGAUUACUGAUUAUGCUUUCAAGAUAAAAACAACCAGCCCAAAACGCCCUAUUAUUGCCACCUAUCCAAAUGGAGAUAGCCUCAGUAGUGAUUCUAUUAAUGCUCAUCAGACCACUCCAAUCCACAUUCUUUCUUCACCAAUAUCAAAUAGUAAUCCAAAAUUUGGUGGAGGAAGUAGUAUUUAUUCUGGUAGUGAUUCAAAUUUAAGUCCUCCAUCAACAACAAAUUUAAAUUUUUCAAAAACCGAAAAAUCUGUUCAAACGAUUGAAAGUGGAGAUUUGUCGGAUAAACAGGACGAAAAGAAAUCUAAAGAAAUUGAAAAUUUGGUUAGAGCUACAACAGAAUUGAAGCAAGUUAUAGAAGUUCAACGAAUUAAAGUUAGGGCUAGUAAAGAAACUAUUAGACGUUUACUGGUUGAACAGUCUAGAAUGGAGAGAAAACAGGCAAAAGAACGUGUAAUGGAAGCAACACUUCGUAUAGGACAAUUUCGACCAGCCCGUGUUGGUGAACAUUUUAAAGAUCAAUGGAUAGAUGGUUGGGCAAUGGAAGAAAUAAAUAAAAAAUUGCAACGAAUAAAUCAAGAAAGGAAUGAUAUUGUGAAUGCUACAAAAAAUUUGAAGAAUCGAAAAUCAAUGAAAGAUUCCAAUAAAAGGCAAAGUUUGUCGUCGUCUGCAGAUUUGCCUUGUACUUCUUCAAAUAAUGUUUAUUCUGAUGAUGGUUUUUUGAAACCUGAACUUCCUCCAAAGGAAAUGACUGCUCAAGAAUAUAUUGAACAAGAAGAAAUUUAUCGACUUAGAAAGGAACAUCUUAAAAAAGAAGAGACAGACCUUUUGACCGAAAAAGACCGCCUUGAGCGUGAACGAAAUUUGCAUAUUCGGGAAAUGAAGCGGGUUCAAUGUGAAGAGCAAAGUCGUUUUAGAGAUCAUCUCCUUUUGAAUGACCGUUAUUUGCUUUUGUCUUUGUUGGGAAAAGGAGGAUUUAGCGAAGUUUGGCGAGCAUUUGAUUUGGAUGAAAAUCGUUAUGUCGCCUGUAAAAUUCAUCAAGUAAAUAAAGAUUGGAAAGAGGACAAAAAGGCUAAUUAUGUAAAGCAUGCAAUGCGUGAAAAAGACAUUCACAAAUCUUUGGAUCAUCCUCGGAUAGUUCGUCUAUUUGAUUUAUUCACUAUCGACAAUGAUUCUUUUUGUACUGUUUUGGAAUAUUGUGAUGGAAAUGAUUUGGAUUUUUAUUUGAAGCAACAUAAACAAAUACCGGAAAAGGAAGCUCGUUGUAUUAUUAUGCAGGUUGUCAGUGCACUUAAAUAUUUGAGUGAACAAAAAUAUCCAAUAAUUCAUUAUGAUUUAAAACCUGCCAAUAUUUUGUUGCAAUCUGGAACUACUAGUGGAGAAAUAAAAAUUACAGAUUUUGGUUUGUCUAAAACAAUUGAAAAUGCUGAUGAUGGGGAUGAAAGUAUUGAAUUGACUUCACAGGGAGCUGGAACUUAUUGGUAUCUUCCACCUGAAACAUUUACUCCAUUUGGUGAUGGAGGUCCUCCAAAAAUUAGUAACAAAGUUGAUGUUUGGAGUGUUGGCGUAAUUUUCUAUCAAUGUAUCUAUGGAAAACGGCCUUUUGGACACGAAAAAACUCAACAACAAAUAUUAGAGGAGCGUACAAUCUUUAAUGCUCAAGAAGUUGUUUUCCCGUCUAAACCGCCUGUUACGCAGUCUGCUCAGGAUUUUAUUCGUCGUUGUCUUCAAUGCCGUAAAGAAGAAAGAGCGGAUGUGAGCGAAUUAAUACGCCAUGAACUUUUUAGGCCGAGAGGACAGAAAAGCCAACAACCCCAAUCACCAAGUGCCAAAUCAGGAAGAUUUGAACAGGCAGAUUGUGACUAA